CACACACACACACACACACACACACACACACACACGCACCAUGCCCUCCUCUCCUGAAGAUGCUAAUGUUCCUUCUUCUCGCGGUACUUCCUUAUUCAAAACUUGUUUCCAUGGCGUCAAUGGCAUUUCAGGGAUUGGGAUAGUCUCUAUACCAUAUGCACUAGCAUCAGGAGGAUGGCUAAGCUUAAUACUUCUGUUCAUCAUAGCCAUCGCAGCAUAUUACACAGGAAUCUUGAUAAAGAGAUGCAUGGACGAAGAUCCCUCCAUAGAAUCUCUUCCCGACAUAGGACAACGUGCGUUUGGGGAGAAAGGAAGGUUGAUGGUGAACAUAGCCAUGAACUGUGAACUGUAUCUGGUAGUGACAGGUUACCUUAUUCUGGAAGGAGACAACCUCAACAAACUGAUAACACAUGUACAUGUGGACAUAGGAGGGAUAAGGAUUAAUGGAAUGCAAUGUUUUGUGAUUCUUACGGCUCUUAUUAUUUUGCCCACUGUUUGGCUACAAGAUUUGAGCCUUCUUUCUUAUGUGUCUGCCACUGGGGCGUUGGCUUCUACCAUAUUCCUCUGUGCUUUGUUGUGCAACGGUGCGUUUGAUGGGACUGGGUUUCAUCGUAAAGGCAUUCUCAUUAACUGGAAAGGUCUUCCUGCUGCUGUUAGUUUGUAUGCUUUUUGUUACAGUGCUCAUCCAGUUUUUCCUAAUCUUUACACUUCCAUGAAGAACAAACAUCAAUUUUCCAAUGUGCUGCUGGUGUGCUUCACACUUUGCACCUUAAUAUACGCAGCAAUAGCAAUUCUGGGUUACUUGAUGUUUGGCUCAGAAGUUCUGUCAGAAGUAACCUUAAACCUUCCAAAAGGCAAAAUAAGUUCAAAGGUGGCAAUUUAUACAACGUUGGUGAAUCCCAUAACAAAGUAUGCUUUGAUGCUCACACCAAUUGUGGACGCCAUUAAAAACACAAUCCCUUCAAGCUUAAGCAAGAAGAAAGCAUCACAUUUAGUCCUCAGCACCACCUUGCUGCUCAGCACGGUGAUCGUCGCGCUCGCCGUGCCGUUCUUCGGAUAUUUGAUGUCUCUGGUCGGAGCUUUGUUGAGUGUGUCUGCUUCAUUUCUGGUCCCGUGUGUGUGUUACUUGAAGAUUUCAGGAAAGUUUAAGGUGGUUGGAUGGGAUAUGAUGGUCAAUUAUGGAAUUGUUGUCAUGGGGAUUUCAAUUGCAGCUGUGGGAACUUACACUUCACUAGGAGAAAUAAUCAAACAUUUGAAAGUGUAAUUAAUAUUGGGCAUUUAAUCCGGGAUUUAUCAAGUUUGAUUAGCUUUAAAUUCUGAUCAAGAUUUCAGUAUGAUUUGAUUUAGGGUUUAUAUAUGUAGAUUGGGCUUCUUUUGAAAUCUCAAGAAUUUGUACUACUUUUAUGAAAAUUGUCAAAAACUCUUGUUGAUUGUCAAGGCAAUAAAUUGGUGGUACUUGAUUGAGUUCAUGUUUUAA